GGAAAGCACUGCCAGUGGAAGUGAUUCCACACUGAGUUACCGACUCUCAACCACUAUCGUCUAAAGCCUCUGCAACUUACUUGGUAGCCCGCGCGAGAAGUCGUUAACGAUCAAGGGUUAAAUGUAUGUUAACUGAAUUCUGGAUUACAGCUGAUAUCAAUGACUACAAGCAAGCAGGAUGCUGAUGAUGUGUCUUAUCGAGGUUCAUAUGAAUUUGCACCAUUUCCACAAGUAGCGAAGCGGAUUGAGUCUCUCAGAGGUCUGCAUUCAAUUGUGUUCGGCGUGUGUUGCUGCUCAAUGGUUUAAUGUAGCGCACUAGAACGAUCGUUGCCAUGGCUGGUGAAACAGCACCCAAUCUACCUUUGGAUGCGACGGAGUCGUCCGAUGUGCCCUCUCUUCAGGACCUCCUCACCUCCCCAGAUUCUUCCAUAAACCCAGAUGCUAUUGCGCAAACUGCUGCUGAAGAAUACCUUUCGCAUCUUACGACCCUGUCGUUGCCGUCACUAGAAGCCGAGCCUACAACCCUUGCAUCCUCGGCUGCUCAACUUACCAACGCUCUAACUACCUUGUGCUAUACGUCAUAUCCAACCUUCCUCUCCCUUCACACAACCACGUCAACACUUUCGUCCUCGCUUACUUCACUCUCCUCUUCUUUGGAUUCUUUGCUAUCCACACUGCCUACCCUUGAGUCGUCCACUAGAAACUUCGCUCAAGAGACGCGAAAGAUCCAAAAGGAUCGUCAUAAAGCAAGUCUGGUUCUGGAGCAUCAUGACAAGCUUUAUGAUGUACUCUCACUUCCCCUCCUGCUAGAUUCCUGCGUGCGGAAUCAUAAUUACAACGAGGCACUCUUGCUUGCCAAUCAUGCCGCUUCCCUCGCAAAGCGAUUCCCCACAAACCCACUCGUCAUAUCUGUGCGGGAAGAAUGUGAUGCUCGAAUGCAAGCCAUGUUGGGUCAGUUGUUAGGGAUAUUACACGAGCAGGCGAAGCUUCCAGCGCUAUUCAGGGCUGUUACGUUCUUGCGCAAAAUGGAGGUGCUCGAUGAAGAUGAGCUUGCCUUGGCUUUUCUUACUGGCCGCGGCGUCUACCUUGCGGGAGCAUUGAAGACUACGGAGAUUGAAAAGAAGGGUAUUGAUGAUACCAGUGACAAAGCCAAGGAAUCGUACGCUCGCUACCUCAAGCGCUAUAUCGACGUUUGGCGUGAAGGUGUAUAUGAUGUGAUAACACAAUUCGUAACUAUCUUCGUCGAACGUGCACCAUCUACCUCAAAUGACGCCCCGAAUCGUCUUCAUGCCCUCCUCGCAACCUUCGCAACCCAUCAUCUCGAAAUUCUGUUAUCGCUAUUGAAGGAGGUUCUUCCACGGGUGUCCGACCCAUCCCUGCUCACGUCGUUGUUGACUCAGUUGACGUACUGUGCGAACUCCUUUGCACGAGUGGGCAUGGAUUUUAAAGGUCUUAUUGCACCUAUUUUCGUGGAUGCGGUGCACCACGCGGUAGCCGAGGAGCUAGACGCUGCAUUGGAUGUUUGGGGAACUCAAUUUGCAUCAAAUAUCGAGACACGGAAACAGAAAGACACUGUGAAGAAGCCGUCCCUAUUCCUCGUCGCACAAUCCUCACUCCACUCUCUACCGGUACCUACCACAGCCCAACUUCAAGCUUUUUCGUCAAUGCCUGCGAACGUACCUCCUCAUAUCCUGGUCUCAUAUCCACCUUUAGCUUUGUUUACAAACAACGUUCUUACCGCCUUCAAUGGCCUCCGCCUCCUCGCUCCAGUCGAGCUUCUCAAUGACUUACUGAUCUCUUUGGAUCAUGUUCUCGCGAAAGCAGGAUCCACACUUCUGCAUUACUCCAAAGAGAAACUCUGGAGAACCAGUAGGCAGACUGAGGGAGAUGGCCAAGAAGUCAAGAUCGCAAUGAUAUCUUGUGAUAUAUACUACAGGGUACUCAUUCCUUUCCUACGACGUGCGCUGGUGGAAGGUGUUUAUGGGGUGGCUGUGGAGAAGAUCGACAUCGUGGCUGAGGAGUUGUCUAAGACGAUAGCAGAAUGGCAGUCCUUUGCAUCGGCAUGAUCAUAGUUGUAUCUUUCAAUCCAGCUUGCAUUCAUUGACACUCCGACCCAUGUCAGGCUGAAGAUCAUUCCUGUCCAAGCUCAGGAACAUUCCUUUGAUGCCCUCGAACACGAUUAACCGGCUGGCUAGUUGAAUUCUAGUCUAUAGCUUAGGCACUCUGUUCGGGGAGUUCGUAUCAGCAUCUCCUUGUAGACGACCGCGAUCCUCUCUUUUUCAAUGCAGGCCCUCAACUGUGCGAGUCCAGGUUACGGUUUCAUACGAGCUCUAAUGUUGACGAAUGGUGUGACUCAAGUGACCGUUAAUUCGCAGGAUAACUAUGAUCUGGGACCUCAACGGCGUUAGUGAAACCGUUAGCAAGCUGCUUCUGACAGAACCGGUGCACACGUGCUACCUCCGGUCAUAAUAGCCACUCCCUCAUGCCUAACGUUCUCCAAGUAACACCACGAUGAGCGCAAGAAACGUGAGUCCAUCCUGUCGAGACAUCGUCAUUCGGCUGAGUUCACUUACUCGUAGAACCCGAGGGUACGUUGUACGCAGUAAUCGAUUCCCAGCUUAUGUGUUCAUCCGUGUUCUAGAAGUCGUCUAUAGUCUCCCGAUUCAAAUCACUCUGGCCGGGGGAAGAUCACAGGUCGAGGAGAAUUCAAGAGCAUAGUUCCAGUUUCAGCUCCCCUC